UUCCAAAAAUUUAUUAAAAUUACUUUUUGUUCUCUCAAUUUUCAUCUUUAUCGAUACCCGUGACUGUAUGCGAUUUCAGUUACUAUCAUCUGUCGCUUUCUUACUCUUUUCCGAGAACUUUCCUUUGCAUAUUCAUACACUCUUUUUUCAUUUCACACACUCUCUCUCUCUCUCUCUCUCUCAAUUCGCUUCCAUUUCUCUUGCGGAGUAUGCAUUGAGAAUUUGAAGCAACGAUAGGAGGUAAUCAGUAAGAAUCAUAGGCUGCAGUUAUGAGUACCUUUCAGCAAGAGAAGUUUGUUAGGUUUCAGGAUUCUAAUGCAGAGGUUUCUCAGAGAAAUUAUCCUGCAUUUAAGACAACACAGUCAGGGAGAUUUAGAAGUACAAUAAGUUCAUUUUCUGAGAAGUUUCAAAGGGGACUUGAAUCUGGUUCUGAGAGGAUAAAGAGGUUCAGAUCAACGUUUGACCAUUAUCACUAUGACAAUGCUCUUUCUCGAAAUUUUGGUUCAAAAAGGAAAAUCCUCGAUCCGCAGGGUACCUUCCUUCAAAAGUGGAACAAGAUAUUUGUCUUGUUAUGUGUUAUUGCGGUAUCAUUGGAUCCUUUGUUCUUUUAUGUCCCUGUGAUUGAUGGUGAAAAUAAAUGCCUUUCACUGGACAGAGGGAUGGAGAUUACAGCCACUUUUUUGAGAACUUUCUCUGAUGUUUUUUAUAUAAUCCACAUGAUUUUCCAGUUUCGUACUGGAUUCAUUGCUCCUUCUUCUCGAGUAUUUGGAAGAGGUGUUUUGAUCGAUGAUUCGUGGGUAAUUGCUAAGAGGUAUCUGUCAUCAUAUUUCUUAGUUGACAUUCUUGCGAUUCUUCCACUCCCACAGGUGGUGAUUCUAGUUAUCAUCCCAAAGAUGAGCGGCUUUCAAUCACUCAAUACAAAGAACUUGCUGAAAGUUGUUGUUAUCUUCCAAUAUGUGCCUCGUUUAAUACGGAUAAUUCCAUUAUAUAAAGAAGUUACAAGAACAUCCGGCAUUCUCACUGAAACAGCUUGGGCGGGAGCUGCAUUCAAUCUGUUACUUUACAUGCUUGCAAGCCAUGUCCUUGGUGCCUUUUGGUACUUGUUUUCCAUAGAACGAGAAACCACAUGCUGGCAAGAAGCGUGUCGAAGUAAUAUCAUGUGUAACACGGCAUAUAUGCAUUGCAAUCCUCGGGGAGGUUUUAAGUCUAUUGCGAAAUUCUUGAAUGAUUCUUGCCCAAUACAGGAGGAAGAUAAAAAACUAUUUGAUUUUGGAAUUUUCCUUGAUGCCCUUCAAUCUGGUGUUGUGGAGUCGAGAGAUUUUCCCUCAAAACUCUUCUACUGUUUUUGGUGGGGCCUAAAAAAUUUAAGUUCUCUUGGUCAGAACCUCGCAACAAGUACUGAUUUUUGGGAAAUCUGUUUUGCAAUUUUCAUUGCCAUAGCUGGUUUGGUGUUAUUUUCAUUCCUCAUUGGAAAUAUGCAGACAUAUUUGCAGUCAACACAAACAAGAUUGGAGGAGAUGAGAGUAAAAAGGAGGGAUGCAGAACAGUGGAUGUCUCAUAGAUUGCUUCCUGACGACCUUAGAGAGCGAAUCAGGCGGUAUGAUCAGUACAAAUGGCAAGAAACUAGAGGUGUAAAUGAAGACAAUUUAGUUCGUGAUCUUCCUAAAGAUUUACGAAGGGACAUUAAGCGUCAUCUUUGCUUGGAUUUGUUGAUGAGGGUGCCAAUGUUUGAGAAAAUGGACGAACAACUUUUGGACGCAAUGUGUGACCGUCUUAAACCAGUGCUUUACACAGAACAAAGCUAUGUUGUCCGAGAAGGAGAUCCCGUUGAUGAGAUGCUCUUCAUAAUGCGAGGCAAGCUAUUGACCAUAACAACUAACGGUGGACGAACCGGCUUCUUCAAUUCCGAGUACUUAAAAGCCGGCGACUUCUGUGGAGAGGAGCUUCUCACAUGGGCCUUAGAUCCUCGUCCCUCAUACAACCUUCCCAUAUCCACUAGGACAGUCAGAACAAUCAUAGAAGUUGAAGCCUUUGCGCUAAAAGCCGACGAUCUGAAGUUUGUGGCGUCUCAAUUCCGGCGCCUUCAUAGCAAGCAGCUUCGCCACACUUUCAGAUUCUACUCGCAACACUGGCGCACAUGGGCUGCAUGUUUUAUACAAGCUGCAUGGAGGCGCUACAGCAAAAAGAAACUUGAAGAGUCGCUCGAUGAAGAGGAGAAUAGACUGCAAGAUGCAUUGGCAAAGACUGGCGGUAACACAACAAGUUUAGGUGCCACCAUAUAUGCUUCUAGGUUUGCUGCUAACGCACUCAGAUUAUUGCGACGAAGUCGCACCGCAAGGAAGACAAGGGCGCUAGAGAGAAUGCCUGCUAUAUUGCUUCAGAAGCCUGAAGAACCUAACUUUACUGAUGAUGAACAAUAGUGUAUAGUUGAUGUGGUUGGAUAUGUCUGGUUUAGUUAGAAAAGGUGAACAUGCAAUGACAUUUUGGUAGAAUAUGGUGUCCAUAUUAAAUUUUCAAUGAAGUUUUUUAUGUAAAUAUAUGUUAUUAAAUAAUCUUUUGGUAAAUUUUGCUUUCUAUU